GGGGAACGCCUUCUUCCAUCUUUGUAAACAGUGUGCACGCAUGCGCAGUCGCUCUGCACUCUAAUGGAGGACAUGUCUGAUCAGUAAUCGUCUUUUUCUGCGCUGUUUUUCUGAGUUUGCGCCCUCAACAUCCCUCAGCUGAGCCCGCGACACCCUCCAAGUGACAGAAUGGCUUCGGACUCGGUCUCUCAAAGCUCCCAGAGUCCUGCCAUCAGGAUCAUGACCUUUCAUCCCACAAAAGAGGAGUUCAAAGACUUCAACAGAUACAUUGCAUAUAUGGAGUCGCAGGGGGCUCACAGAGCCGGGAUGGCAAAGGUGGUGCCACCAAAGGAUUGGAAGCCCCGGCGCACAUAUGAUGACAUUGAUGAUCUGGUGAUUCCCACCCCUAUUCAACAGGUUGUCACUGGCCAAUCCGGUCUCUUCACUCAGUAUAACAUCCAGAAGAAGCCAAUGACAGUCCGCGAGUUCCGCAAAACAGCCAACACAGACAAGUUCUGUAAUCCCAGAUAUGCUGAUUUUGAUGAACUGGAGAGAAAAUUCUGGAAGAAUUUAACAUUCAAUCCACCAUUAUAUGGAGCAGAUGUCAGUGGAACCCUCUACGAUCCAGACGUGACGGAGUGGAAUAUUGGUCAUCUCAACACUAUUUUGGACACCGUGGAGAGAGAGAGUGGAAUCACAAUCAAAGGAGUAAACACUCCAUAUCUUUAUUUCGGGAUGUGGAAGAGCACAUUCGCUUGGCACACAGAGGACAUGGAUCUCUACAGCAUUAACUACCUUCACUUUGGAGAACCCAAGUCCUGGUACGUUGUGCCUCCAGAGCAUGGGAAAAGAUUGGAGCGUCUUGCUAAAGGAUUUUUUCCUGGAAGCGCCCAAAGUUGUGAAGCCUUCUUGCGACACAAAAUGACUUUAAUUUCACCGUCAAUUCUGAGGAAGUAUGGAAUACCCUUUGAGAAGGUCACACAGGAAGCAGGUCAGUUCAUCGUGACCUUCCCAUAUGGAUAUCACGCUGGGUUUAACCAUGGCUUCAACUGUGCAGAAUCCACCAACUUUGCCACACAGCGCUGGAUAGAUUAUGGCAAGCUGGCAACAUUAUGUUCCUGCCGGAAGGACAUGGUGAAGAUAUCCAUGGAUGUGUUUGUUCGCAAGUUCCAACCGGAACGUUACAAACUUUGGAAAGCAGGAAAGGACAAUGCGCCCAUUGACCACUCAAAGCCCACACCAGAGGUGUCAGAGCUCCUGACAGAUGGAAAGACGGAGAGCGAGAAGGGAGAGCUCAGUGAUAGCAGCAAAGCAGAUAUGCAGGAGGAGAGAGGAGAAGCAGAGACUGGAGAAGAGAAGAAAGCUAACACGGACGGUGGAGAGGAAGACAGCGCAGAAAUAUUGUCUGGGAAGGAGGUGAAAAAAGAAACCGAUGGUGGAAAGGAGAAAACAGAAGCACAGACGGGAGAGCUGGACGUAGAGGAGAAAAAGCCUGUUGGUGAUGAAGAACCGAGCAGCACAUCAGAGCAAAUCAACAGCAGCAGUCCAAAGCAGAACAUGGGGCAGAAGAGGCUCAGACCCAGCACUGGCAAUGAAGCAAAACAUGACAAUCAAGUGAAUGUAGAAGAGGAUGAAGUUGAGAAAAAGAAAGCCAAACUCAGCCAGACUGAGACAGGUGACGAGAAAGAACAAUCCAUCUCCGCUGAUCCAGGUGAUGUUAAAGCUGAGGAGACCAUGGAGACAGACACGCCCCCUCCACAGCAGCAAGAGAAUCAAGCCCCUCCUUACACGGAGGCGGAGCUCUCACCAUCAAACCCCACUUCCAGCAGUGACAUCACAACGCAGCAAAGAGAUGACGUCACUCUCUCUGAACCCAACGAUGUCACCUCAUCCUCACAAUCCACAAACAGCAUCGGUGAUGAUGUGGCUCCGAGCAGUGAUGCCUCUCAGUCUGGGCAUGUCACUCAAAGCUGUGAUGUUCAAAGCAAGCCCAACGACAUCACUCCAAACAGUGAUCCGACAACUGAGCUCACUGAUGCUCAGCCAAGUGACGUCACGCCCCAUUCAUGUUCCAAUGACAUCUCUGCCGCUGACGUCACUCCCCUCGUAUCUGUAACCAGCAGUAUCUCCUCUCAGCACAGCAUUAACUCCGCCCCCUCCUGUGAUGUCACCACAGAACCCAGCAACAGCACAAUAAGCACCAUCAGCCCUAGUCCAUGUGAGCCUGGCAUUAACUCCGCCCCCACUUGUGAUGUCCAAUCAGAACCCAGCAAUAGCACUAUAAACACCAUCGGCCCUAGUCCAUGUGAGCCUGGCAUUAACUCCGCCCCCACCUGUGAUGUCCAAUCAGAACCCAGCAACAGCAUUAUAAACACCGUCAGCCCUAGUCCAUGUGAGCCUGGCAUUAACUCCACCCCCACCUGUGAUGUCCAAUCAGAACCCAGCAACAGCACUAUAAAUACCAUCAGCCCAUGUGAGUCUGGCAUUAACUCCGCCCCCACCUGUGAUGUCCAAUCAGAACCCAGCAACAGCACUAUAAACACCAUCAGCCCAUGUGAGUCUGGCAUUAACUCCGCCCCCACCUGUGAUAUCCAAUCAGAACCCAGCAACAGCACUAUAAACACCAUCAGCCCAUGUGAGUCUGGCAUUAACUCCGCCCCCACCUGUGAUGUCCAAUCAGAACCCAGCAACAGCUUUAUAAACACCAUCAACCCUAGUCCAUGUGAGCCUGACAUUAACUCCACCCCUACCUGUGAUAUCCAAUCUGAACCCAGCAACAGCCCUAAACACGAGCCCUGCAUUAACUCAGCCCUCACAUAUGAUGUCAUCACAGAAUCCAGCAGCAGCACCAUCAAUCCUAAGCUUGCAGAAUCACGGUGUAGCUCUGCGUCAGUGGGCAGUAGUCCGGUGUGUCUGCCCGCAGUCCAGCACAUCUUCCAGAGAACGCUGAGCCCUGCGGAGGUGCUGCAUGUCCACAGCUACGCUAAGGGAGAUUACAGCGAUCCCGAGCCACGCAGUCGGCAUGAGAGAUACAGAGACAGCGACUCUGAUAGCGAUUCUCAAGAGGACAGUAAGAAAGAAGAUGAACGUCCAGUGGAAGCUCAGCACAGACUUCCCAGACUCCCCAGGCACCAUCCUCUGAUGAAGGACAGCAUCAGUGAUGAAGAGCUGCAGGAUCAGGCUGCAUCAGAGGAGGACGGACUGGACGGGGAGGCCUGGGCACGACCUUUGACCCAGCUGUGGCAGAACAGACCCUAUAAUCCAGAAAGAGAGAGAGAGUACAACAGAGAGAUGGGUCUGUUGCCUCCAUACUGCGCUGUGUGCAUGCUCUUUCAGGCACAUCAGCGGUCUGAAGGGGGCGAGAGUGAGCCGGCCGUGGUGCUGCCCGGGGGUCAGAUAAGGACAAAGCCUCUGAUUCCAGAGAGAUGUUUCACCACCACCACAGAGGACAGUGCAGAUGUCCAGCCGUUCACACCUCACCUGGAGGAGGAUGGUACCAGCCUGCUCAUCAGCUGCUCCCUAUGCAGUGUCCGUGUGCACACCAGUUGUUACGGUGUGGCCCCUCUGAGAAUUUCCAAAGACUGGAAAUGUGCCCGCUGUAAAUCCAGCGCCUUCGCCGAGAGUUGCUGUCUAUGUUCGUUGAGAGGAGGAGCAUUACACAGAGCCAAUAAUGGCAAAUGGGUUCACGUCCUAUGUGCGGUGGCAGUGCUAGAAGCUCGCUUUGUGAACAUCACUGAACGAUCGCCCGUGGAUCUCAGCGGCAUUCCCUUACAGAGAUUCAAACUGAAAUGCUACUACUGCAAACGGCGGAUGAAGAAAACGUCAGGCUGUUGUGUGCAGUGUUCUCACGGUCGCUGCCCUACCUCAUACCACCCAACCUGCGCACAGGCUGCGGGCGUCAUCAUGCACCCGGACAACUGGCCCUUCGUCGUCUAUGUCACCUGUUGCCGCCACAAAGGGCCUGUACAAUCAGAGCGUAAUAAAGCAGCCAUGCGAGAGCUCAGCGUAGGUCAGAAGGUCAUCUGCAAGCACAAAAAUGGACGCUACUACCAGUGUGAAGUCAUACAGCUGACAAAAGAGACAUUUUAUGAGGUCAACUUUGACGAUGGCUCCUUCAGUGAUAACCUUUUCCCAGAGGACAUUGUGAACCGAGACUGCGCUCAGCUGGGUCCGCCACCACAGGGUGAAGUGGUUCAGGUCCGAUGGACGGAUGGUCUUGUCUAUGGAGCCAAAUUCGUGGCAGCUCAUGUCAUUCAGAUGUACCAGGUGGAGUUUGAGGACGGAUCGCAGCUGACUACUAAGAGAGAUGACGUCUACACCCUAGAUGAAGAGCUGCCCAAGAGGGUCAAAUCUCGUCUGUCCAAGGCCUCAGACAUGCGUUUUGAUGGGAUGUUUGGAGAGAAGAAGGUUCAGGAGAGCAAGAGACAGCGAGUGAUCAACUCCAGGUACAGAGGGGACUACAUCGAACCCGUCAUCUACCGAGCCAUCAUGGAGUAGCCAGGGACGACACGGCCUUCACCUAAAACCACCAGCACUCUUCCAGCGGACUCUAGCACACCCUGCCAAUGUCAGUCGCGUUCAGUUUGCAGGUGUCGGACACCUGGAUGGGUGUAGGCACUCACCCAUCUAUUCUGAUAUCAUCUGGAGUCGAGGCAGGGCGUUUCACAGUGUCUUUCUCAGAGAAUGCAGCUUUGUCGUUGAGUGUGGCGAUUCACUUUUUAACCUCAGCGCUGUGAAACUGUGCCACACACACUCUAGAAAAAAAAAAAACACUUCAGCAUGAACAUCCUGUUCAUGAAGUCGCUCUAAACCACAUUCAAUUGAUACACAAUAUUUGUAAUCUCCAUUUCAUAAAAAAGAUCUAAUUUUAUCAAAUUGCAUUAAUUUAUUUGACUUAAUUCAGGGUGCUGUUUCUACCCGUAUUUUACCGAACGGAGGUGCCAUUGCAUUUUAUGAACGCGGAUAUCCUUUUUUAAGAUCUACACUGUCAUAAAUUGUGCAGUUGAGAUCCUGAAUAUUGUACAUUAUUUGGAACAUAAUGAAUUCAGCGUGUCUUUGAGAGUCAUUUUGUACAAGCCUAUUUAUUACCUGGUGCUUUACGAAAGUAACUUGCAAUAUAUACGUGCGAGUUCCAGUGCUGUCGAAGUUCCAUGCCGACGGGUGUGUUCUGAUUUUGGAAGGAGGGUCGCGUAGAUGCAAAGCCCAUAGCGAAAUGCCAAGGAUCUCACUUUCGCAGCUGUUCAGAGCCCUGCCUUGCACUCUGGUUCAAUACUCUUUCAUUUAGACGUUUCUAUUAAUGUAGCUUACUGCUGUCAAGAUUUUAUCAAAAGCCCCACGGUUUUAAUAAGCUAUUUUUGCACUUCUCAGCUGUACUUUUAUGAAUUGUCGUUUUUGUCCUUGCAGUUAGCCAAGCUCUAGAGACAGAAAUGCACUUAUGAAAGCUGAGGAGGCCCUUGUUUGAGCCGACAGCAUUUGGAGAAAGUAAGGUUGUUGCAGUUCUUAAGUUGUUCGAUAGAUAGGGCUAAUCUUCACUAUAAAAAAAAGAGAAAAUUAUAAAAGAUUUUUUUCUAUCAAGAAGCCUAUUUUAUUGCUAUGUUUUAUGAUACAUGUUUAAUGUUCAUGUGAGAUAGAGUUGUAUGUAGUUAAUUUAAAAAAUCUUGAGCUUUCGCCAUGUUUCUUCUGCCUCGUUUUGCUUUCAAACAUGAGCCUCGUUCUCACUGCACUUCUGAAUGCAGAGGCUCUAGGACUUCCAUACAUGUAUUUUGUAAAAAUCAUUAAUGUGCAUCAGUAAAAGAUGUGAGCUGA